AUGAAUUCAAAAGAAUGUGUUAUUAAAAAAGCUCAUUCAGAUAGUAAUAAUAUUUCACGAACAGAGAAUCUGAUUGUGAAUCCUGAUGUCUCACCAGGAAGUAAGGAGCCAAGAAAUGGCAAGAUACAUGAAUCACAGGCCGCAAGUGAUGAACAUAUCUCACUGGAAGUGCACUUUCAAGGUCAAAAUAAGAAGAAGAAAAUGAACGUCAAAGCGAAAGAAGAUAUUUCUUCUAAAACACAUGACAAUGCUGUGGCUGGAGCUUCCGGGGUCUGUCCUCGUAAGAAGAAAUUUCCUAAGAGCUGCAAUAGGAAAGAUACUAUUAAAACCCAUCAUCGAACCCACGCUGGCGACCUGCCCUUAUUGUGUAAUACAUGUAAUAAACAAUUCUCUAAGAAAUCAGAUCUCAACAGACAUUACAGAAUUCACACUGGAGAAAAACCUUAUGUAUGUGAUAUAUGCGGGCAAAAAUUUAAUCAGAAAGAACAUCGCGACAGGCAUUAUCGAACCCACACCCGUGAUAAACCUUAUGUAUGUGAUAUAUGCGAAGAAAAAUUUAAUCAGAAAAGACAACUCGACAGUCAUUAUCGAACCCACACCGGUGACAAGUUUUUUGUUUGUGAUGACUGUGGAAAAGUUUUUACACUAAAAUAUAGUCUAAAGAGACAUAUGCAGAGCCACACUGGAGAAAAACCUUAUAAAUGCCCAGUUUGUGGAAAGACAUUCACGACAAGCAUCCAUUGCAAGAGUCAUCAAAGGAGAAAGCACCAUUAAAAUCAA